AUGGAUGAAAAUGAUAAUUAUCCUAUAAUUGAUUAUUAUCCAAAUGAUAUACAAAAUAAUUCAAAUAGUUUACAACUUUCUUUAAGUGAAUUAUUACCAAUAAAUUCUUUAAUAUUAUCUUUAUCAAUAAUUGAUCAAGAUUCAGAUGAGAAUGGACGUGUUACAUGGAAACUUGAUCGGUCAUCAUUAAUACCUUUUGAAUUAAUACGUUUAACAGAUACUACAGGUGAAUUACGUACAAAACGUUUACUUGAUCGAGAAUAUAUAUCAGAAUAUUAUUUCAAACUUGAAGCACAUGAUCAUGGCAAACCAAAAUCGAAAUCUACUUAUUUAAAUAUACAUAUUACUAUCUUAGAUGAAAAUGAUAAUGCACCAAUAUUUCGACAAGAUGAUAUUCAAGUAACAAUUAGUGAACAUGUUAAAUUAAAUAAUCAAAAUGGUUAUGAAAUAUAUCAUGUUCAAGCGGAUGAUUAUGAUCAAGGACAAAAUGCUGAAGUUAAUUAUUCAAUUUUAAAUCAAAAUAAUAAUCUAUUUCAAAUUGAUUCACAAACAGGAGUUAUUCGAGCAAUGGUUGAAUUCGAUCGUAAACAAAAAGAUACUUAUGUAUUAGAAAUACAAGCAACAGAUAAAGGUUAUAAUCAUCUUUCAAGUGUACCACCAUUAUCAUCAAAAGCAACAAUAACAUUUACUAUUAUUUCUCGUAAUGAAUAUCCACCCAUUUGUAAUAUUGAUAAAAAUAGUGCAUCAUUAUCAGUUAUGGAAAACAGUAAACAAGGAACUAUCGUUGCUACGAUAAUAUGUCAUGAUGAUGAUACAGAUGGAAUAAAUGGACAAAUGAAUGUCUAUGCACAAUGGUGGUUAGAAGAUAGAUUAUUGAAUAGAACUACAUAUAAUAUUCCAUUUGAAAUAGUGACGACAAAGAGUAAUACAUCUGAGGUAAGAAUUAUGAUAUCGGGUGGCGCAGACUAAAUGGACCUCUCAGUAUUUUGCAUUUUUUUCACCUAUAAUUCGUCAUAGACAAAAAUGUUUUUUACAGAAAGAUUCCUCGUGAAAUUCUCUACAAAACGUAUAUGUUUUUAUUAUUUUAAAUAGCCUCCAUUAUUUUGAGAAAUGCGGUACAAACGGUUGGUCCAAGAAGCGUAACUUUCAAACAA